UUUUUUCUUUCUACGUGACUUUACCGAAAUAACCAAAAAGUGAGGCGUUACUCGUUUCUUUUAUUGUAUCGACCCCCCAGGAGGGACAAUGGGGCUGAGUAAACGCCUCCCCCCCCACGCCCCAUUCACAUCCAGAAAUGUAUGUCGCCAAUGGCGAGAUGCUCAUUCUUUUGCCGUGCAACCCAGGGAGGUGCUGAACUAAACCCUCCACGCAUCAACAACAACUGAAUGAAAAUAGGUGGGAAUGGACCACCAGCAGACGUUUCUCCCGGGGCCUCCUCCCUCCACCCUCUGCGAGUCCGAGCCGAGCCUCUGGUGGUCCGGCCUCGCCAUGGCGGAGGAUCUCAAGAGGUACCUGUAUAAGCAACUGGUGAAGGUGGACGGGCUCCACGCCAUCGUCAUCUCGGAUCGCGACGGCGUGCCCAUCAUCAAAGUGGCCACGGAGAACGCGCCAGAAACGGCUCUGCGUCCCAGCUUCCUGGGCACGUUCGCCCUCGCCACGGAUCAAGGCAGCAAGCUCGGCCUGUCCAAGAACAAGAGCAUCGUGUGCUACUACAGCUCCUUCCAGGGGGCCGCACGGCCCGGCUGUGGGCCGCGUGUUUGGCGAUGGGCCCAGGGGGCCGCACGCGCGAAUGAUUUAAUGAGCGCGCCGCUUUGAAGGCCGUGUUUACCUUCACGCUCCGCGAGAGACCUUCCUCCGGCGAUCUUUCCGGCAGUGACCGAGGUGCGUGUGUGUGUGUGAGCGUGCAUGUGUGAGAGAGUGCGUGCGUGUAUCUGCAUGUGGGGAGCGGGUUUGUAGCGCAGUGCGCUAACCACUGCGCUGCGAACCCUGAUACCCAGGUUCGAUUCCCGCUCACAGGCAACGUCAGUCUGGGCCUCCUGUAGGUCGACUCGGCAUUAAAUUAGUACCUGGUGCGGUGUGUAAACGUGGCCAGGCAUGGUGCUGGCCACUCACCCCCUGGUGUACCGUGCCGGCCUUAAUAGGUGCUUGCUAACAGCACUUGCCCAACAGCCUAUGUAGGCUACAUGGGGGAUCUUUGUCUUUGUGUCUGCCCUCCUCACAGACUUACACCCUGCCCCGUGCACGUGUGUUUAUGUGUUCGCACGCGCGUGUUUACACACACGUGUGUUUGUGUGUUCGCACGUGUUCGUGUGUGUGCAAGCGCUGCUUACCGCUACACCAUGCACGAACCCUGGCAACCAGAGUUCAAUUCCUGCUCGUCUCCAAUACCAAAUAGCGAUUCUUUUUAACUGGUCCUGGGCCCUCCUCUAGGUCGACUCAGCCUUCAACGAGUACCUGGUGCGGAGACAAAGACAGGCGGCCGGGCAGGUGCUGUGUUGGCCGCCCGUGCCCCACGUGUGCCGUGCCGGGCCUUCAUAGCCACUCGCUAACGGCGCUCGCCCCAACAUCCUGUGUGGGCUGCACAGCGGGGAUCAUUGUCUUUGCGCACACGCACGCGUGCGUCAACGCGCGCGUACGGAGCGCGCGUUUGUCCAUUCACACACGUGCGUGCGCGCGUACGUACGUCCCUAUUUUCCUUGCUAACUGACACCCCCCCCCCCCC